AGUGAUGAUUACGGAAAAACAGCUGUCAUCGUUACCGGAGUGAACCGCUAAGGUAGUUUUUCCGUUAGGAAAUCCCCACCCGAAAACCAAACCUUCGUAGAUUGAGAUUACGCACGGGUGCCGUUGGCCGCUGGGUGAUUACUUAAUACUUUUUCUUUCACCGAAUCCCGGUCUCCGUUCUUGAUUUCUUGUUGCCGGUCUGUUUUCGGUCGUCCAUUCUUUUCGAUUUUAAAAAUCGCAUGUUUUAUUUUAUCUGGGUAUUUUUUUUCGUAAUUGUACCCGGUGGCCGUUAAGUCGAUCCUUUUAUACGCACGCACACCGACCGGUACCGGUACGCAAACGCGGUCCAAGUCUCGUACUCCGAAUCGCACGUUUCGUCGUUUUUUUUCCAAAUUAAUUUUCUGUGAUACUACAACAACCGGCCGUCGAGUUCAAUUGAACCGUCGAAAUCCAUCGCGGCUACCGACCAGAAAUCAACGUAAGUAUCGUGUUUUGAUGAGUAAACCCGAAAUCCGUUGGCGGACUUCGUUUUGGCGGCAAAACUGUCGCGCCCGUUCUGAUCACGGCACUUCGAGGCAGAAUCGUCAAUUUUCUCUUCGUUCCAUUGAAUAGGUUUUCGUUUUUACUAUCCUACGAGCAAUUCUAAUUCACGAGCUCUCAGUUACGUAUUCUAUGUGUUUCGCUAACGCAUACGAAAUACUGUUUUAUUUUGUUGUACCAUUUAUAUCCCAUUUUUUAUCUUGGGGGGGGGGAGAGGGAAGAUUUGAGUGAUUAGUUACCUAGGUAGUAAUUAUUUUAAAAUACGUCCCUAUUCAACGGACUAUUCCGGGUUUUUGCAAUUGUUAGUUAUUGGUAUCAUAUGUGGUUUAUGUUAAUUGUUUAAAUAAAUUGUCAUAUUUAGUGAUAUGUUCUCCGAUGUGUACCAUACUACUGUCCAAUGAGUAUAACUAAUAUAAUUCAAUUUUUGUACUUAUCCAGUUAGAAAUCUAGAAUUUAGUCUUAAUUUGUAAUAUUCCAAUAAGUAUUUUCUAGUACCUAUGUAUUUAACAUUAAAUUUGGUGAAAAUAAUAGAAUCUUAUGCAAAAGUUUAACACUUAACUUGGUAUCUAAUAGAUAAAAUACAAAGAUCCUAAAUAGUUAUAUAAGUAUUUUUUAAAUCUUAAAUUAUAACACAAAUAAUAUUAUUACUUUUAAAAUUAUCAUUUUAAAUAUUCGAACUACUUGUCGAUAUCAGAGUCCCACUUAAAAAUUUAGGGGCCAAAGAGCGUGGCCUGGAGCUAAUUUUAUGAUGGGAUUCUUUAAUUAAGUUAUAAAUUAAGUUUUUUUGCUGCAUCGCUUUUUUAAAUUCAAUUUAUUUUUUAAGAUUAUAAAUAAAUUGUUGAAAUCAAAUUGUGAAAAAGAUAUUUUUUUGAUAAUAUAAUUAAACACUUCUAUGACAAAAAAAAGAAAAACUCACCACAAAAACAUUGUUAAAAUUUGAAAUUCAGAGCAGAGCAAGGAAUGUAUUAGUUGUACGUUUUUUUUCUGAGAAGAAAUUUGACUGGGGUGGUACUUUCGAGAGGUAUUUUUUGAUAUUUCUAAGCAUUUUCUCUAAAAAAAAAAAGAAAAUAUAUGAAAUUUAUUAUUUUCAAAUCGUAAAUAUUACAACUUUUUAAAACAUGUACAACCAAACUCCAAUCAGAAUCGUUUUUUCGUUUGCAAUGGUUAAUCGUUGUGUACAGAUAUACAUUGAAUUUCCCCUCUAUCUUCCUAACUUCUCACAUUUAACAGUGGCCACGUGCAAAUUAUAUCUGGUUUUUUUAUUUAAAUUAAUUUCAACUGUAUCAUCCAGAAAAUUUUUUUCUUACUCAUUUUCCUUAUCAUCAGUGUAAGAUAAAAUGUUUGUUGAUAACUUAUUUGUUUUUUUAAAAUUCUGUCACAAGUAGUAUUUCUAGUAAAUAUUUUGUUCUUUAGCAAAUUUAUCUUAAUAAAAAAUUUUAAAACUUAAUUAUUAUAUAGAGUCCUCUCAUUAUGUGGGGACCCGGGGCUGCCGUCCCCUAAGUAGGGCUCUUGCAUAAUUUAUAACUUGUAAUAUUUAAUCAUUCUGUGCUUAAGAACAAAUAGUGUAGUACAUUAAUACUAGUUGUUUUUGAGUAAAUUAGUAUUGUAAUUUAUAAGUAUUAUGCAUAUUGUAACAAGAUAAAAUUUAUUAUUUUCAGUUUGAUAUUUUUUAUGAAUUUUUUAAAAUAUACAAAUUGUCUACCUAUUUAAAUUUUAAGCUGUAAAUUAAUGCAGUAAAUAGUAAUGAAUUGGUCCUACCUGUUUUUGUUUUAGUGAAAAUGGCUGGUAAAAAAAAAGCACCAACUAAGGCAGUAACUAAAAAAACUACCAAAGCUGUUACAAUUAAGUCAGCUGGAAUAAAUGAGUAUGUACCUAUUUAAUUUCAUUUUUCUAAAUUAUUAAAUAUGUAAUUAUUGAUUAUAUACAAUGUUUUUGAAAAAUAAUAUACCAGAUAAUGUUUAAACAUGUUAAAUUAUAUUUUCAUAGAGAACCUAUUGAAGUAAAUGGUAUAACUGAUGUAGAUGUACAGGCAGAACCUAAUGUAAUAUCAAAGACAAAUGGGUCAGUAAUAUAAUAAAUUCUUGAUAAAUAACUUGAUAAAUUAAUACCUACCUUAUUUAUUUGUAAUAAAUUAUUAUUUAUAGUGAAGAAAAUGGCAAUAAAAAAAAUUUACGAAAGAACGAAAAAAAGAAUGUGGAAGUUGAAAUGCCCAAUGGCAAACAAACUCCAGUAAAAAUACCACAAAAAAAACAGACAAACAAAGAAGAGAAACAACCGCCAAGUAAAUGAUAAUUAUAUUAUUUAUUUUAAAUACCAUAUUAUAUUAUUUAUGUAAUUGGUGCAGUAUCCAAAAAAUCAAUCUCGAACAAUGAUAAUGCCCGUGCUAAACGCAAACAAGAUCCAGAAAUUGAGCCACAAACAUCAUCUAAUUCAAAAAGUUUGUUAAAAUAUUUUUCAUAUCCCAUGUAAACCUAGUAAAAAUGUACAUUAUUAUAAAUGUAUUAAAUAAAAUAGGACCUAAAAGAAAAUCGGCCGAUGAACCAAAAACUGAAGUAAAAAGAAUCAAGACUGAAAAAUCAUCAGAUUUAAUGGGUAUAAAAAUAAACUUUAAAUUUGUGUACAACUUAAUAAUACGAUAAUUAAAGUUAAUUGAAAAUUAUUUUCAGCUUUUGAUAACCGAAUUGAAUCAUCGGCUGUUAUGAUGAUUAAAGGACGAGACAUAGUGGUUGCUGGAUUAUUUGGUUUAGGUCCUGACCGUGAACAACUUACAAAUCUUACUGAAUUAAAGAAUUUCAAAUUUAAACUGGUUGCUGCCGGUAGUAUGCACGUGUUGGGCGUUACUGAAGAUGGAAAAGUAAUUCACUGUAUUUUAUUUCUGAGUCCGUUUAAUUUAUAGAUUUCAUUUUUUUCAAGCUCAUGUCAUGGGGCUGUAAUGAUGAAGGUGCGUUGGGCCGAGAUACUUCAGUUGAAGAUAGUGAGACUAAGCCUGGUGUUGUAGAGAUUCCUGAAGAAAAUGUUGAAAUAUAUAGUAUAUCUGCUGGUGGUUCUCAUUCAGCGUUACUUCUCAGUAAUGGUAAUGUUUAUAGUUGGGGCACAUUUAGAGUAAGUAAUAAUUUUAACUUUAAAAGAAUUAUAUUAAAAUACUUAACCUAAUAUUUUUUCUGCGCAGGAUAAAAAUGGUGAUAUGGGUUUCCAUCCAAAUGGUGAUAAACAAUUAAAGCCUCGAUUCAUUAUGGGUAACGCGAAGAAAAUUGCAUCUGGUAUUAAUCAUCUAGUCAUUUUGUCUAAAAACAAGGUAUAUACAAUGGGAUGUGGAGACGAAGGACAGCUUGGAAGAAUAUGUCAAAGGCAUUCCAAUAGAGAGUCGCGAAUUGGCAAACGUAUGUUUAUAAUACAAAGAAAAAAAAAACAUUUUAAAUACGCACAUGUAUAUAAUGCGUGAUUCUUUUUUCAAAAAUAAAACUAUCUGAUAGUCUUUAAUAUCAUACAAAAGAAGCAUUUUUUACAUUUAUGUUUUAAAAAUUAUUUCUAUCAAAUGUUGGCUGUAACUGCGGCUAACUAAUCUAUUCUGUUAUUCCAAUUUUCAAUGACACAUUCGAGCAUUUCCAGUGGUAUUUGGCCAAUGUCAAGAAUAAUUUUAGUUAUAAUUAAUUUCAUCAAUCGUUGAUUUUUUUCAUGCAGCUGAAUAAUUUGUAAAUUCUGUAGCCGAUCUAAGUCUUUCCAUUAUAAAAUAUUGCCUGUUUAGGCGUUGAAAUAAAAUAAAUAAAUAUCAAACAAUACUGAAUAAAUAUACCAUGGCAAAAAUACAAGACUUACACAUAAUCUGUCAUAAAAUCCAAAUUAAAAAUAGUACAUAAUAAUGAAUCACCAUUUAAUAUCAUUUGUUUAAUUUUAUUUUACAGAAUUACUGUUAAAUCCUCAACUAUUAAAUUUACGAAAAAAGGUUGAAGAUAUCUGGGCUAAUUACGACACCACAUUUUUACGUUCAUCAGAUUCGACAAUUUACUCUUUUGGCCUAAAUGCACAUGGCCAGUUAGGAGUUGAAAAUGAUGAUAAAUGUGUAUACUUUCCACAAAUUUCGGAAUCCCUAAGUCGUCUUAAAAUCAAGUCCAUAUCAGCAGGAACACAGCAUGUAACUUUGCUGGAUGAACAAGGUUUGACUAUUUGUUAUCAAUAUAACUUUUAUUAUUAAUUUGCAAAAUAAUAAUUAUUAAUGAAGUUAGUAAUUUAAGUAUUUUCAAAUAUGAAUUAAUAAUCAAUUCAAGAUCUUUAACUCUUAAUUAUUACUCAACGUAACUACUAACGACAACUAACAUAACUAUAACCUGCAUUACAAAAAGUAGCGAGUGGCCCCCAUUCUAACCGGACUUCAGUACUUCAACCAGCCAAUAGACAGUGACUUUCAUUUUAUUGCGCCUAUCUGCAGCAGGUGUCCGCCACUAUAUUGUAAAUAAUACCUACAGAGCACUAUUGUACAAUUUCAAAUUUUUGAUAACCAACAGUCACCUGUCUGUUUUCAUGAUGCGGACUAUAAUGCAUGUUAAUGUGUACUAUAUUAUAAUAAAAAAAAAUUUUGAUUUUUCUAUUUAUACUUAAAAUUAUGAAUUACAUUGUUAAGGACAAAAUAUAAUAUUUAUCAAAUAUUUCGGUGUAAUAUUCAUGUUAUGGUUGGUUUUGUCAUUGUUUAGGCGCUGUAUAUGUACUAGGUGAUUACAAAGAUGGACGUUUGGGUAUGGACAUAGCGGAAAACCAAAAAGUACCCAAAGUGUUAUCAUCAUUACCACAAAUUAAACUAGCUACAUGUGGUUCAGACAAUACUUUUGUCAUUACAGAAAACAGUAAUAAUAUUCAUUUUAUUAUUGAAUACAAGCAAUCAUAUUAUGUUAUACACAUUUAUUUUAAUUUUUUUCAGAUAAAUUAAUGGCUUGGGGUAUUGGUUUUGAAGAAAAAGAUGAUUCUGAUGUUAUUUAUUACACUCCAACCGAUAUUGACGCGGCCAACCGGUUGGAUCAAAAGGUUGUGGUUCAAGCAACAUCUUCAGACACAGCUGUAUUUUUACUAUUACAAAAUUAACAUUUCAAUAACUAAUGGAUAUUUGUUUUUUUAGUUUUUUUUUUCACAAUUAUUUUUAUUUCAGCAGAUUCAUUUUUCUUAUAUUUGUUUUCUUAUAAGUUAUAACUAGUUUUUACAUAAAUGUUGUGUAUUAAUGUUGAAAAGAUAACAUGUUGAAACAAUUGUGUUGAAUUCAUAAAAAAAAAAUUGCGAUUGGAUAAUCAGACUUUUUAAAAUUUAAUUAUUUUUCUUUUAUUAAAUAAUUCAUUAAACAUAUACUAGGUAUGUACAUAUAUAAACUUAAAAUAAAAAAAUGUAUAUUUGUCAAUUGUACAUUUUACAAAUUUCGUGUUACAUUAAAGUAUGAGUUGAUAAAAUUAAUAUUUCUAUAAAUAUGUUUCACUCCACUGAUUAUUUCAAUUUAAUUGUAUUAUACAAUUUAUGGGAUUUUAUUUUUAUUGUUUUUCUUUAGCAUAAAUGACAAUUUAACUUUUUCAAUAGUGUUUUCUUUUUUUUGUUACACAUCUUCUGGUUUUUUAUCGAGUAAACUCAAUCUUAUGAUAAAAUCGCAUAUGCGUAUCUGAACUUGAAUACGGCCAGGGUCGUCUGUUACUUCAAACCCAGGUACACCAGCCAUUGAUAAUAUAUUCUGUUGUUCUCUUCUCUACAGACAAA